GCCAUAGCAGCGUGAGCGUGUGUGUGAUACAAGCGCGUAAUAUUCAUAUCGGCGAAAUACUGUACACAGAAGAAAACUCACAAAUCUGCUAAAUUUAAUAUAAGGGGACUUGAAUAUUAUUGCACUCCAAAAUGGGAGAUUUUCUGGAAGAUCAACACAGAAUGUUUAUUCAAGCUUUCAUGUGGAAAAAAAUUUGUAGCGCUGAAGAAGUUCGAUCUAUUCAUAGGAAAUGUCAUGAACAAAAUCAUGUACCUGUGAGUGAUUUGAAAGCCUUUGUUGAGAAGAUAAACAAUGCCCUUUAUCUUAUUAAUAUGACCAUUACAAAAGGAACAGAUGAAGUGACUGGGGAAGACUAUUAUGUGCUGACAAAUGCUACAGAUAAUUCCAUUUCAAGGCUAUCGGGAGAAUAUAAACAAAAUGAACUAGAGUUGUUUAAAAAAAUUAUAACGUGCAUUGUAGAGUCAGAAGACGGCAAAGUUCCAUCAAUAACUGUCCUGAAUCUAGCAGAUGAAGUUUCAAUAUCUAAAAAGGACGCAGAAGAAAUUGUAACAAAAUUUUCAAAAGAUGGUUGGCUACUUACAGAUGGAGGCAGUAUUUUCCUCAGUACUAGAGCCAUUGCUGAGCUGCAGAUUUUUUUAAAGGCCCAUUUCCGUGACAUUAUUACAGUCUGCUUUGUAUGCAAAAAUGUAGUUUUCCAGGGAGAUGCCUGUGGUCAAUGUGAUAAAAAAAUUCAUCACCACUGUAAACGAAAUUUUUUCUCACAAAGAGCUCGAGAGAUUUGCCCCACAUGCCAAGCUGACUGGCAGUGAAUAAAAAACAUUUCGUCCACCUUACAAAA